UAAUGGUAAGGAAGGUGUUCACUCAUCCAUCGCCUCUAGGACACACUGCCAAUAUAAAUGUUUGUGAUUUGGUGACACAAGCAGUGUGUUUCGGACUAACAUGGCUUGCACAGUAUUCUACAUUACCCUGGCCUUCUGCCUUCUUGCUGCAACCUUCGCGGCACCAGCGGAUCUACCUCCAAAGCCAGUAUCAGCAACCCCCGAAAAGGAUGACUUGGAACCAUCUGCGUCACACUGGGGCGGUCACUACGGUGGUUUUGGCUACGGUUACGGUUACUACCCGCACUACGGUUACUGGGGCUGGCCGAGCUACGGUUACGGGUGGUACGGUCACGGCUGGCCGUAUGGAUACGGUCAUGGAUACUGGUGGUAAAGAGCCAAAGAAGGAAGGAUGUUUUUGCUUGCCGUUUCAUUAUAUGUAAUUAUUUCUAUCUAGAACAAAUUGAGUAUUGAUAGCGAUGUAAAUAGUUUUAAGAUGUGUAUUAUUGUAUUUUAAACGUAAAUACAUUACCGUAAGGUA